CAUCUCCUCUCUUCUGAAUUCCGGGGCUUCCGGCGCCACAUAAUAAAUAAACAAAGCCAGCCAGCAGCAUCGCCAGUGAGCCACAGCACCGCCGGCAGUGACCAACAGCAACCAAUCAGCAAAUCAGCAAUGGAGAGGGCUCUGAUGAGCCUCAUGAGGCGGCGCUCCCUCCUCCAGAGCGGCGGACGAGCACCGCCGGCGAUGGCCGCCGCCGCCGGUGGCUCACCAUUCUUCUCCACCCUGCAGCAAGCAGCCGCCGCAGACCCGGUCCAGUCGCCUGGCAUCUUGCCAGGGCUCAAGAUCAGGGACUCUGCGUCACAGCUGAUUGGGAGGACACCCAUGGUUUACCUGAACAAGGUCACUGAAGGAUGUGGGGCCCGGAUUGCUGCUAAGCUCGAGUUCUUGCAGCCGUCCUUCAGCGUCAAGGACAGACCAGCAAUUUCAAUGUUGGAAGAUGCUGAAAAGAAGGGGUUGAUCACCCCAGGUAAGACCACACUGAUCGAGCCGACAUCAGGGAACAUGGGUAUUGGCCUGGCAUUCAUGGCUGCUCUUAAAGGGUAUGAACUCAUACUCACAAUGCCUUCAUACACCAGCCUUGAGAGGAGGGUGACCAUGAGGGCCUUCGGCGCAAAACUCGUCCUUACCGACCCAACAAAAGGUAUGGGAGGCACGGUGAGGAAGGCCGCCGAGCUGUAUGAGAACCAUCCUAGCGCGUUCAUGCUGCAGCAGUUUGAGAAUCCUGCAAAUGUCAAGGUACACUAUGAGACAACUGGUCCAGAAAUCUGGGAGGAUACACUUGGGCAGGUUGAUAUUUUUGUCAUGGGAAUCGGGAGCGGCGGCACCGUCACUGGUGUUGGCAAGUAUCUUAAGGAGAAGAACCCCAAUGCAAAGAUCUAUGGAGUUGAACCUGCUGAAGCAAAUGUUUUGAAUGGUGGCAAACCAGGUCCUCACCUCAUCACUGGAAAUGGAGUGGGAUUUAAGCCGGAAAUUUUGAAUAUGGAUAUAAUGGAAAAGGUUAUUGAGGUGAAAGGUGAGGAUGCUGUUAAGAUGGCUCGAGAAUUGGCACUGAAGGAGGGUCUUCUGGUUGGAAUAUCAUCAGGAGCUAACACAGUUGCUGCUCUUGAACUAGCAAAGAAGCCAGAAAACAAAGGGAAGCUCAUUGUGCCAAUGCGACUUUUUUUUCAGACUGUUCUUCCGAGUUUAGGGGAGAGAUACCUGUCAUCUGCAUUGUUUGAGGAAUUGAGAGCGGAGGCUGAGGCCAUGCAGCCAGUGCCAGUGGACUAACUUGGAUAAUCAACCUAGGCAUUGAGUAUUUGAUGAACGAAAUUGCUAUACUCUAAAUAAAUUUUCAAUUUGUACUUUAAUUCCCCAUUACAAAUUAUGUAUCUUCAGAUUGUGCUGUCACUGAACUAUAUAGAUGGACUCUCUCUAUGUAAUUCCACAUUUAUCAGAAUAACCUAUGAUCUCCCUCUCCUUUCUUUUUAA